AUGACAAAUCAAUACUUUUCAUUAACAAUAAUAAUUCAUAUCAUUUUAAUUAUAUAUUCUAUUGAAUCAAUAUCAUCAACGACUCAGACUCGUUUAUUAAUUGUUUCACUUGAUGGAUUUCGUCAACAAUAUUUGAGUACAUAUUUUUUGCCAACAUUAAAUCGUAUACAAAAUCAAGGUAUUAGAACAAUAAAUGGAAUGCAACCAACAUAUGUAACAAUGACAUAUCCUAAUCAUAUAUCAAUUGCAACAGGAAUGUAUCAAGAAGAUCAUGGAAUUAUUCAUAAUCGAUUUUUUGAUACAAAACUUGGAAAAAUAGUUACAUUUGAUACUCGAGAUGAAGGACAAUGGUCCGAUCCUAAAGUUGAGCCUAUAUGGAUUACAGCAACAAAACAAAAUAAAAGAUCUGCUGUACUUUAUUGGCCAGCAUCUCACAAUGAAUUUCAUGGUGUUCGACCAUUAAUAUAUAAUUCGUUAUAUUCGGAUUCUAUUCCGAUGCGUGAAAAGAUAGAUAAUGCUAUUUCUUAUUUUCGUGAAAAUAUUAUUCAAUUAGCUAUGCUUUAUCAUUAUGAACCUGAUAAACAAGGUCAUGUGUAUGGUCCUGAUUCCAACGAAACUCGUGAAGCACUUUUUCGUCUUGAUACUGAUAUUGAAUAUUUAUUAAACAAAGUCAAAACGGAACUUAAUGAUGAUUUAAAUAUUAUUAUUCUAUCUGAUCAUGGAAUGACUAAUAUUGUACGAUUAGUUCAACCAUUUCGUGAUGGUUAUAUCAAUAAAUCUGCAGUUGAAGACCAUAUUCUUGAUGGUCCAAUAUUUAGUCUUUCUCCUCGUUCAGGAGAAUUUGAACAAGUAUUCAAUGGUUUACGUCGUAUUCCUGGUGUUACAGUUUACAAACGUGAUGAAUUUCCUGAAAAAUAUCAUUAUUCAAAAGCAAUCUAUCGAAUCGGUGAAAUAAUUGUUACACCUAAUAAUGAAGGCGUCUAUUUUUCACAAGCAACAACGGAAAUAUCUUCUCCAAAAGGUAAUCAUGGAUAUGAUAAUACACUUCCAUCAAUGCAAGCUAUAUUUAUGGCACAAGGUCCAGAUUUUAAUCAAAAUAAGGAAAUACAUUCACUGAAAAAUGUUGAUGUUUAUCAUAUAGCUUGUAAAAUUUUGGAUCUUAAACCAAAUCCUUAUGCAACAGCUGGAUCAUUGAAUAAUUUAACCGAUAUUUUUCAUUCGAGAAUAAAUAAAUGUUCUCAAUCAUGCAUAGGCAUGUCAAUAUUAUUAUUAGCAUUUUUUAUUUAUAUUGUAUCAUAG